AUGGUAUUGACGGUUGCGGAAUGUGGAAGGACGAGAGACAAGCUGCUGAGCAAACUCGAGGAAAGCGAACCGGAUCCGCCCACCUCACAGGAGGAUGAAUGUGUCAUUUGCAUCAAUGCGCGUGCCACCAUGCAAACGUCGCCCUGCGGCCAUCGUGUCGUCUGUCGUCGCUGUUUUGUCAAGACAAUACAAAGCGCUGUUGCGCAACGCCUACUACCGCUUCGUUGCGUCAUUUGUCGAGCGCGUGUCAAUCGACUCACUUCCAGCUCGGGCACUUGGCGCAUACAGGAAUCGGCGAGCAGCUAUUCGAUGGGUGCCAAGAGCUGGGCUUCAGCUGGCGUUGGCGCUGGCGGUGUGCACGCCUCGGCCAGUUCCUAUUCAAUGGGCGAUGCACAUAGCGGCCACCAUGUCUUUCAUCCACAUCCCGCUCUACACGGUCGCUAUCCGCGCAGCCCGAAUGGCGGUGGUCGCGUAGCGCAAUCGGAUAGCUUAUACUCGAUGAGUUCGACUGGUUCAUCAUCGAUGUCCGGCGUGUCACACAUGUCUGCCUACUCUAAGACGUCUUCCAUUUCGAGUGGUCUCUGCUCACCCGCCUCACCCAUAUCACCGUCAGCCAUGUCAGCGUAUACACAGACACCGGUGCUGAAUAAUCAUUUGGCGCCACCAGGCGCUUCAAACUCACAUGGCGCGUUGUCGUUGUCGCCCUCGGGUUCAGCGUCCGGUUCCUCUGUGUCGGGUUCGUUGUCGCCGCGCGAUGACCACCAUCACUCACAUUCGCAUUCCGGUGGUUGUCCAGCGGGCUGCUCGGGUGCCAUACCACGUAAGCCACUCAACUCAUUGAGUACGUCAUCAUCGAGCGGUUCGAGCAUCAGCAGUUGCAGCAGUUUCCCGCCAGCGACACAUACCUACCCUGGGCGUAGACAUACGAAAGGACGACUGACGGAUCUACAAAAUCGACUGCCACCAAUUAAAGAGUUCCGCAGCCCAGCCAAAGUGCCACAUCCAUCGCCGGUGCACAUCAGCAAUCCGCGCUUUCGUUACGCCUCUUAUACCAAAUCUUCGUCGAGCGCGCACGAAAUAGCGCCACUGCUACGCGAACCGCCUUCACCGCCCAAAAGACCCAUGAACAUAUUGGUGGGUUCAGCGUCAACCAAUGGCUUGGGUCCACCACCACUUAAGGCUGGCGGGAGUGCCAAAAUUAGUCCUAUAGUCUCGAAGAACUCGCUGCCGAAGAAUGCCUAUACUUUGGGUAGCAAAGAUAAGAAAAAUGUCAUAAAUAGCAACAUUAGCGUUGCAAAAGCGAACGGCAAGCUUACAAAUGCAACAACAAACAGCAAUAAUAAUAAGAAAAUAACACAUGACGCUAACGGUAAUACCAUUUCAUCGGCGGCGACAAUAACUGCCAAAUCGACGGCAGCGGCAUCCCAGCACAGCAACAAUAAGGCGUAUUCGGCGCCAAAUUCACGUUCUAAUUCUUCCAGCCGAAGUUUUCCACUUUUCUCCAAUAGCAAUAGCAAUCACAAGGAGAAAUCCGACAAUAAGAAGAACGAAUCUAUGGAGCGCAAAAAGAAGGAGGAAAAACUUAAACUAAAAGCGGAAAAGGAAGCGAGAAAGGAGGAGAAGCGCCUAGCCAAGGAAGAGGAGCGACUGGCAAAGUUAAUUGCCAAGGAGGAGAAAAAGAAGGGCAAAAAGGAAGCCAAGGAGUUGCUCAUCGCAAAUGAUGGGAACAGCAAGAAGUAAAGUAAAAUUGCGUCUUCUCAACACGGAAUGCGCACUGAAAAAAAUAUAAAAGAAACUCAUAGCCAGUUUCACGAAAGCAAUUAAAGUGAUAAAUAAUUUUUUUA